CGCGCCGGGCACCUCGCGGCGCGUGGCCCUCACACUCCCGCCCGAGAUGAAUGCUGCGGCAGACGCCGAGUUCAACAUCCUCCUGGCCACCGACUCCUACAAGGUUACUCACUAUAAACAGUACCCACCCAAUACAAGCAAAGUUUAUUCCUACUUUGAAUGCCGUGAAAAGAAGACAGAAAACUCCAAAAUAAAGAAGGUGAAAUACGAGGAAACAGUAUUUUAUGGGUUGCAGUACAUUCUUAAUAAGUACUUAAAAGGUAAAGUAGUGACCAAAGAGAAGAUCCAAGAAGCCAAAGAAGUGUAUAGAGAGCAUUUCCAGGAUGAUGUCUUUAAUGAAAAGGGAUGGAACUACAUUCUUGAGAAAUACGAUGGGCACCUUCCAAUAGAAAUAAAAGCUGUUCCUGAGGGCUAUGUCAUUCCCCGAGGAAAUGUUCUCUUCACAGUGGAAAACACAGACCCAGAGUGUUACUGGCUUACAAAUUGGAUUGAGACUAUUCUUGUUCAGUCCUGGUAUCCAAUCACAGUGGCCACAAAUUCUAGAGAGCAAAAGAAAAUAUUGGCCAAAUAUUUGCUGGAGACAUCUGGUAACUUAAAUGGUCUGGAAUACAAGUUACAUGAUUUUGGCUACAGAGGAGUUUCUUCCCAAGAGACUGCUGGCAUAGGAGCAUCUGCUCAUUUGGUUAACUUCAAAGGAACAGAUACAGUAGCAGGAAUUGCUUUUGUUAAAAAAUACUAUGGAACAAAAGAUCCUGUUCCAGGCUAUUCUGUUCCAGCAGCAGAACACAGUACCAUAACAGCCUGGGGGAAAGACCGUGAAAAAGAUGCUUUUGAACAUAUAGUAACACAGUUUUCAUCAGUGCCUGUAUCUGUGGUCAGCGAUAGCUAUGACAUUUACAACGCAUGUGAAAAAAUAUGGGGUGAAGACCUAAGACAUUUAAUACUGUCAAGAAGUACAGAGGCACCGUUAAUAAUUAGACCUGAUUCUGGAAAUCCUCUGGACACUGUAUUGAAGGUUUUGGAUAUUUUGGGUAAGAAGUUCCCUGUUACUGAGAAUGCAAAGGGCUACAAGUUGCUGCCACCCUAUCUUAGAAUUAUUCAAGGGGAUGGAGUAGAUAUUAAUACCUUACAAGAGAUUGUAGAAGGCAUGAAGCAAAAAAAAUGGAGUAUUGAAAACAUUGCCUUUGGUUCUGGUGGAGCUUUGCUACAGAAGUUAACGAGAGAUCUCUUGAAUUGUUCCUUCAAGUGUAGUUAUGUUGUAACCAAUGGCCUUGGGAUUAAUGUCUUCAAGGACCCAGUUGCUGAUCCCAACAAAAGAUCCAAAAAAGGUCGAUUAUCUUUACACCGGACACCAGCAGGGAAUUUUGUUACACUUGAGGAAGGAAAAGGAGACCUUGAAGAAUAUGGUCAUGAUCUCCUCCAUACUGUCUUCAAGAAUGGGAAGGUGACAAAAAGCUAUUCAUUUGAUGAAAUAAGAAAAAAUGCAGAGCUGAAUAUCGAACUGGAAGUAGCACCUCAUUAGGCUUUACGAGUGGGUGUGUGUGCUCGCCUGCGUGUGUGUGUGUACGUGCAUGCACGCACGCGGACACCUGUGUGUAUGUAAUAAUGUUUAUUGUACAGAUGUGUGGGGGUUUCUUUGUGUUUUAUGAUACAUUACAGCCAAAUUAUUUGUUGGUUUAUGGACAUACUGCCCUUUCGUUUUUUUUUUUUUUUCCAGCGUUUAGGUGAUCUCAAAUUAGGAAAUGCACUUAACCAUGUAAAAGAUUAAUGCUAAGGCAAGCUUUUUAGGGCCCUUUGCCAAUAGAUAGUAAUUCAAUCUGGUAUUGAUCUUUUCACAAAUAACAGAAUCCAGAAACUUUUAUAUAUAACUGAAGAUCACAUAAAACAGAUUUGCAUAAAAUUAUCAUUGAUUGCUUUAUGUUUAUAUUUAACUUGUAUUUUUGUACAAACAAGAUUGUGUAAGAUAUAUUUAAAGUUUCAGUGAUUUAACAGUCUUUCCAACUUUUCAUGAUUUUUAUGAGCACAGACUUUCAAGAAAAUACUUGAAAUAAAUUACAUUGCCUUUUGUCCAUUAAUCAGCAAAUAAAACAUGGCCUUAACAGAGCUGUUUAUGUUAUUGUACAAUUUGAAAAUUAUGUCGGGACAUACCCUAUAGAAUUACUAACCUCACUGCCCCUUGUAGAAUAUGUAUUAAUCGUUCUACAUUAAAGAAAAUAAUGGUUCUUACUGGAAUGUCUAGGCACUGUACAGUGAUUAUAUACGUUGGUCAUUGUAUUGUACCAGUGAAAUGCCAAAUUUGAAGGCCUGUACUGCAGUUUUAUAUGUCAGAUAUUGCCUGUGGCUCUAACAUGCACCUCAAGAUUUUAAGGAGAUGUUUUUAGAGAGAAUUUCUGCUUCCACGAUAGAAUAUAUACAUAAAUGUAAAAUAUUAACAAAAGUGGAAGUAGUGUAUUUUAAAUUACACUUCUGAAUUUAUUUUUCCUAUUCUAUAGCUGAUACGACUUAAAUGAAUUACUGGAAUGGGUAGUGAGUGUACUUAUUUUAAAUGUUUUGAUUCUGUUAUAUUUUUCAUUAAGUUUUUUAAAAAUUAAAUUGGAUAUUAAAUUGUAUGGACAUCAUUUAUUAAUUUUAAACUGAAUUCCUCAAUAAAUAAUGCACAAGCAAGUUCUUAAAUGAGGAUAAAUUAAAGCAUGAUGACAUGAGUUUGAAGAGAAGAAUCUUAACCAAGAGUAGUAAGUUGGCUACAUUCAAAGUGUUCAACAUCAAAAAUGUUCUAGAGUGAUUAACUGCUAGAUUCUGAGUCAGUCAUCACAUCUGACAAGAGACCAGUUUUGUUUUAAUGAUUCUUGUCUAUUUACGUCUGUUCUAAGGCAGGAGUUGGCCAACUGUGGCCAAGUUCAGACUGCUUUCUUUUUUAUAAUAAAUACCUGUUGUCUAUGACUGCUUUCUUGGGACAGUGCAGAAAUCAAGUAGUUACAUAGUGACCAUAUGACCCACAAAGCAUGAAAAGUUUAUUAUCUGGCCCUUUGCAGAAAAAGUUUGUCGACCCCUGAGGUCAAAGAAAAGGAGUGUGUGCCUUGAAGUUUAAGAGAAAUGUUGAUUUCCAGGGACAGGAGGAAACUAUGUUGAUAAGGAGUUUGUCUUUCUUUUGUCCUUUCUGUUCUUAUUUAAGAAUCUGAUCUUGGAAGACCAAUUUUGAAAGCUUUACUAACAUGACUUUAAAUGUGAAAUUUAAAAAACUGAAAAGCCAUAAAUCAUUUGUCCUAAACAGUUACAAGAGAAAGGUAUUUAUCAGUAGAAUAAUGUCUCUUAAAAACAUCAUUAAAAAGAAGGUGGGUUUUGCAGAUGAUUCUAAACACUAGUUUAUUGAAAAUAAUAAGCACUGUUCACUUUUAUUAAGAGUUUUCAUCCUGUAAUUCCUAGUGGAAAAUAAUUUUAAGCUAAUUCUUUUAAAUGUAUCUAAGCAAAAAUUAGUAUUAAAAACACAGCUUUCUUCACAGAAUGUGCUAAGGGGCUUUUAGAGAAUUAAAACACCAUAUUUAUUACCAAAUAACAACUUUGAUAACCACCCAUAAUUUUGAUUUUGUUUAAAACAUUGGAAUUAUACUACAGAUAAUAUUCUUUGUGUUCUGUGACUCUCAGCAGUUUCAGAGUAGCUAGGGGAUUUUAUUUUCAGACAUCCGGUGAAUGCUAACAUCUGUGCAGUAGUGCAUGGCGUAGAAGGAGAGAGGUGGAAUGAUUAAUUCUAUUAGCCACUUGGAACUGAGUAGUCUGAAUUUCUGUGACUAAGCACUUAAUAUUUGGCCAUCCCCAUUCUCAGUAGCAAAUGGUUGACAUAGUUAUCAAUUAGAAUUCUGCUGUGUGUCACCUUUAAAUCAGCCUAACUCUUCCAGACAAAAGCAAAUGGCAUGUUUGGGUUUGCUUAAGUCAUGAGAUUUGCAGUUGACAUCAGUUAAUCCCUCUCAGUUUCAUAAUAUCAUGAAGUAUUUGUAUUUUAAAUAGAAGAUAGGAGUUCUGUGUUAAGACUCUUUAUUUGUACUCUAUACUUCAAGUCAAAUGGUUUUAAUGAUUAUCCCUUAUUUCCUUUAUUGAAAUAAAUUGUUAUGAAAAUAUUUUAUAAUGAAACUCAUCUUGGAAAACUAGAAAGAGAAAAAUGGCAAGGUAAUUAUUGUUCUGUUUGCCAUAAUUUAGAAUUCAACACUUAAACAAGUAUUUUGUAGUUUUACAUUCCUUUUUAACCCAUUCAGUGGAGAAUGUCCAGCUUUUCUCCCAAGUUGUAUGUUAAUUCUAAUAUGUAUAUUACAACAUCAAAGAUAAAACAUGUAAUAAACAUGGAAAUAAAGUUUAGCUCUAUUAGUGAAAUGUUAAAUUUGACUGUGUGCUUCAAAUAAUGGCCAUUUCCAGAUUUACCCUCUUUUAGGUAUUCCUCCAAUUCAAAGAAUUAGAAAAUGAGAGACAGGCAUUAGGGAUGACUCCUCUAUUUUCUGCCUUGUGUAGCUAUCUGAAUGGCAGUGCCUCUUACUAAAGACACUGGAGAGAGACCAGAUUUGGGGGGAAAGGGCACAAUUCCUAGGUUAAGAUCUGAGAUGCCAUUGAGACAUUUAAAUGUGGAUAUUAGGUAGUUGAAUUUACAGAUUGGGGACAGGAGGGUCUCCAGGUAUGAAUUUGAUGUACAGCUGGUCAUGAAAGACACAGGAAAGGGUACUUCUCUAGGGAGACAGACUAUGCCCUGGCAAACCACAUGCCAAAUCCAUCCUGUCUGUUUUUGUAAAUGCAGUUUGAUUGGAACAAGCCAUGCACAUUAGUCUGAUUAUUGCCUAUGGCUGCUCUCAUGCUACAGUGGCAGAGCUGAGAAGUUGUGACAGACCUCAAGGCCUAUGGAACCUAAAAUAAUUCACUUUAUGGGCCUUUAAAGAAAAAAUGUGCCAAUCUCUGCUGGAGGGUAUAAGGAAAGGAGGACCAAGGGCAAACCCAGAGGAACUCUAAAAAUCUAAGUGGCAGAAGCUAAGCAGGCAAAGAAGACUGACAAGUAGCAGCUAAAGAGAUGAGGGGAAAACCAGGAGGAGUAAAGGAAGGAUGAAAGAAGGGAGUGUUUCUGCACGGUGUUGGAGAUGUGCUGAGAGACCAAGUAGAGUGAGGGAUGAAAAGCGUCAACUGCAUUGAACCUGGAGAUAACUAGCGGCUUCCCAGCAUUCCCUGCACAGUGGCAGAGGCAGCACACGGCAGAAAGCCGCUACCUUACAAAACUCUGAAUUCUGGAUAUAAAAAGGAAACAAGUGAGGCAACAGUUUGUCUUCCUUUCCCUUCUUAGCUACUGCUUUAAUUCUGAAAAGGACUCGGGAAAGAGGGAGAAGUUGACGAUAACAGAGCCAAAAGGAAUCCGUGAGGGGCAUGGGGUCGAAAACACUUGCCAUGAUGGGACAGGUGCUCAUGCAGGCCAUGGUUUUCCCUGUGAAGUCAGAGACCAAAGGAGAUUGCGCUUUGGGGAAAGGAGGCUUUUAAAUAGUUUUUGUGGAGAAUACAGUGACCGGAGGCAUAGUACGACUAUAGCACAGUGUGGAGGACCCAACUGUUUGGUGACAACUUAAAAGUGAAAGUUGGCCUAUUGCAAUGCUUUUGUUCCCUUUCAUAGUAGCACGCCGAUGCCUGGGUACAGACACAGAGAACAUGGAGAUACUUAGUGUUUUGCCAGAUGAGUUAUGCUAAGUGAAUAAUUGCCAAAAUAAUGUUCCUACAUAUCUAAACCGGAGAGGUAAGGACAUGAGAGCUACCCAGAGCACUGGGAAGGUAGUAGGGAGCCCAAUGGACAGUGUGCUAGCAGCUCUGGUCUACGUUGCUGGAACAGGCAGGUUUGGAAGAACAGGAAACACUAGUCUCAGUAUGCUUGGAUCAAUGAUCAGAGAGGAGCAAGUUCAUGGUAUAGUACUUUCCAGGGUAUGACCUUGCAGUGGCUGAAUGCAGAAGAUCUUGAGACCCAAAACAAGAACAGGAAAGACAGCAGAAGUUGAGGUAGAAGAAAGCUGUAUAAGGCACCAGCAUGUUCCGUGAAUGAAGGGAAGGGACCCAGAGGUCAGCAGGAGGCAGCAACAAUAGGUGGUGUGAACUUCAAAGGGAUCAGGCAGUGGAGACCACUGACCCAGGUCAGCCUGCGAGAGGAGGCACUCAGCCUCCUCAUGGUGUCCAAGCACAUACGGACAAGUGGAGAGACAGACACAAAGCACUUAGUGUGUUGCCGGCUGUUUGAUGACCUUUACCAGGCACUAGUCAAUAUCUGUUGACAUAACGGAGGGAAGGAAUAAUCUCAAUAAGAAAUUCCUUGAUUUUAUUAGCAUGCUAUAAACACCCCUUCUGCUGACACAGGCCCAAGUGUUCACGCCUUUAAUGCAUUUUUGAAAUUGCUUGUUUUUAAUGUUUCAAGAUUUACAUUUUGUUUAGUUCUUUUAAAAAGAGCAACCAAAGCAUUCUGCAGCCAAAUAAAACCAGUCACCUCGCCUGUA